GUAAAUACUGAAGCUGCCAAUACAACUGGAAAAGGAAAAGAUCUCUUUCGAAACUAAACCAGGAAGGAAUAGUGGGAGAAAGAAAUCCUACAAAAAGUAUAGAACUACGACAAAAGUCGCCUAAUCCUCCGGCUCCGGCGGGCACGGGAGGCCAUCGUUUCUGAGGACAAGAGACAACGAUGGUGGUGGUCGGUCGACCCAUCUAUUCAGACCCACCCUCGACUUGGCAAGCGAGGCUGCAGUGUGCGCAGCCGUGUUCGCUUCUCGGGGAAUCCAUUCCCAGGUAACAUCUUCGAAAAUCCUGCUUCUCCUGUGGAUUUCUUCAAUUAUAGGAAAAAUUUUCCAGUUCCUGUGGGCUGUGGUAGUAUUGAGUUCUUCUAUUACUGCACGUGAGUCAGAUUGGACCCUUAUCUUCUUCAAAUGACUUUCCACAGCUAAAUUAAUGCCAACAAGUACCGCUGAAGAACGGUUUAGUCCCCUAUAAUAAAUAUAAUCAUUUUAGUCCCCUAUAAUGUCUUUAUUCCAAUCCCAUAAAUAGUGAAAAGAUCAAAGAAAAUGAAUUUUGAUUUAGAGAAUAUGUACUUUUCUCUUGAGAAUGGUUUCAACAAGGUUGGAGGGAAAAGAGACUCCAAAGUGCUCAUAACAUAUAUUUGUGGCAAAGUUUAUUUGUUCCAUGAUUUAACAAAAGAGUAGUUGGGGCCUUGAGGGCAUUCGACACCUUGGCUCUUUCUUUGAAGAGUUUGUUCAAAUAUAUUUUUCGAGAGACCUUCUUGAAUAUAAGUUGUAGUUAAUUGAUUAUUUGAAAAACAAACAUCGUGGAUGUCAAGAGUUUGAAUCUCACUAUCAUGUGAGAAUUGAUGAGAUGAGGUUAAAGAAGUCAAUUUCACCAUUGAGUCUUUGUCAAAGUCAUGACAGUUCUUCAGCUAGUUCCACAUGCUUCCAUAAUUUACCCAAAUCGAGUUAGAAUAAACCUAAUGAGCUUUUAGAUUCUCCAAUUGCCCCCCCCCCCCCCAAGUGCAGGUGGGAAGAAGAAGAAGAAGUUGGUGAUUUAGGCUGUUAAAAGAAGCUGAAUUUAUAAUUUCUAGUCAAGAAAUCAUCCAUACCAUAACAUUAAUUUUCGCGUCGCAAGAUUACAUAUGAUUAUGAAUUUAAACUACGUCCUCGAAUAUCAAGUUGGUGUGCACCAACUAGGAAAUAAUGCAUACCGCGUGAAUUGACCCUCUAACUCGUACAACGUGUUUGUUAAUAAGGCUCACACAGUCGACAGAAAUUUGACCGUUUGUGUGCUUUUUAUAACUCAAUCUCACGAUCGUCGUACCAAUCAAAUUUUAUCAAAACCAAGAGGGUUGAUUGACUUGAUUCUUAAGUGAUGAUGAGAAUCAAACUCGAGUGAUCAAAAGUGCAACCAAACUUACCAAUCCACCAAUUCCAUACAAAAAAGGUUGCUUUGUUUAUGGCGUAAUGACUCGCAAGUUGACCAUGACUUGUGGGUGAAGCAUGGGCCAUCAGUCGGGCUCCUUGGUAAUGCUGUCAACGACCCGCAGGGUCAGUCAUUAAUGGUCCAACCCGUUGAUGACGGCAGUCAAGUGUGUCCUAGUGCACCUCUAUGGUCUACACCUACACCCCACUCGAGACCAAGACGUAGAACCUUAAACUGGCCUGGUUGGGUUUAACUAGUCAGUAAAUUACCGCGUCAACACUCAACUACCAACUACCUUUGUGCCGCGAAAACUGGGUUUUCUUUUUCUGCAGCUGGAUCUCUUUUGAUCGGAGACAAGCCGACGUCGUAGGAAUAUGAAAGGCACCAAGGUUGCAGUGGUGGGAAGUGGAAUUUCAGGAGCUGUGUGCGCAUCAAGUCUUGCCAGAAAUGGACUCUCUGUGACACUGUUCGAGUCUGCUAGAGGCCCAGGUGGCCGCAUGUCUCAAAGAAGAGAAAAUGUUGAAGACGGGAAGGAGCUAUUGUUUGACCAUGGUGCUCCGUUUUUCACUGCCAACAACACCGAGGUUCUGAGUCUUGUCCAUGAGUGGGAAUCGAAGGGUCUGGCAGCUAUCUGGAAAGAGAAAUUUGGUUCUUUUGAUCGCACGUCGAACAAAUUUGUUGACCUAGAACAGGAGGGAUUAAUAAGUAAGAGAUAUGUGGGUAUCCCAGGGAUGAAUUCUGUGUGCAGAGCAUUAUGCCAUGAGCCUGGUGUUGAAAGUAAGUUUGGGACAAGUGUUGGAAGAUUGGAGUGGCUAGAGGAUCAAAAUUUGUGGUCAUUGAUUGGUUUGGAUGGACAAAAUCUUGGUCAGUUUAAGGGAGUGGUUGCAACAGACAAAAACAUAGUUUCACCCAGGUUUACAAGUGUUACAGGAAAACCACUACCUCUUGAUUUGAAAUUAUUUCCAGAGUUAGCAGUUAAGUUGAAUGACAUUCCUGUUCGUCCGUGCUUUGCUCUAAUGAUAGCCUUUGCAGAACCUCUGACAUCGAUACCCUUUAAAGGCUUCUCAAUAAAAAAUUCUGAAGUUUUAAGCUGGGCUCAUUGUGACAGCAGCAAGCCUGGCCGUUCUACCUCUAGUGAGCGAUGGGUUCUGCAUUCUACAAUGGAGUAUGCUCAGAGAAUAAUUGCUCAAACUGGACUUCAGAAGCUUUCAGAUGCAACAUUGACCAAAGUGGCUGAAGAACUAUUCCAAGAAUUACAAAGCCUGGGACUUAAUAUUUCACAGCCCUUUUUCAAGAAAGCUCAUAGAUGGGGAAGUGCUUUUCCAGCUACAAGCAUAGCCAGAGAGGAGAAAUGUCUUUGGGAUGGGAACAAGAGGUUUGCCAUCUGCGGUGAUUUCUGUGUUAGUCCAGAUGUUGAAGGUGCUAUAGUUAGUGGCCUGGCCGCAGCUUCCAAACUUUCAGAGCUCUUCAGCUGCUUAUGAUAAUCGGUGUUUAUGACUAAUGAGUUUAACAAGUAAUUUGCUUUUGUUUCCUCUGGAUUUGGUAUUCAUUGCGGAAAUUUGUAACAUGAUCCGACUUUACCAGAAAAUAAUAUCAAUGUUGUAAGCAAAUUGCUAUCCGACUAGAUUCUAUGAAUUUGGUAUUCAAUAAAGUUGUGAACUAUAAAAGAACAGAAUGUUAAUUCUCAAA